AUGUCAUCUGUAUGGAAAUAUGCUUUAAAACGUAAAAAUCCAAUUACUAAAGAAUCUGACGGUGUUUGCAACAAGUGUGGACAAAAGGAUGAAACAGUUGAAGUAGUAAAGAAGCCAAAAACAAUGUUAGAUUAUUUAGAGCGUAAACAUCUCAAAGAAAUUGUUAUCGAUUUAGCAACAGAUGGAAUCACUAUUCGAGCAAUAACGAGAAAUAAGCAUAUACGUGAUUCGGUUCAGAGAGACGGAUUCAAAUUACCAGCCAAUGAGAGUGAUGUUAUGCGUUUAAUUCACGAAGAUUAUGAAGACAAGAAAAAUAAAAUGGCGAGUGAAAUUCAAAAGAAAACUUAA